CGAGGCGACCGCAAGGGGACCACAUGCAUGCUUGUAACGGGAAAGCUGAGGUGGAUGUGGGAACUUUGGAGGUGGGCCAAUCGGGGGGAGAUAGAGGCCAGCUUUGACUCGGAGCCGCGUCACCAGGCUUGCUGCUGGCGUGGACGAAUGCUGGCGAGAACACUUGGCUCGAGGUAACAGUUCGUGGGUAACAACAGCUCGAGGUUUGAUUUUGUUUCCUCCGAACACCUGGCUCAGGCAGGGCCGUGAACAUGCGGGGGAAGAGGUUGCGUUGGUGUACAAUCAACUCAUUUAUUCCUUUUGAGGUAAUGGGACGACAAAGUACUGCAUCGCUCAAUAGCGAACCAGAUCGGCUCUCUUCGAUCGCCCCCUCCUCGCACUCGCACAUUCCCUGUCGUCACCAUAUGAGCCGCGAGUCCCGCCGACAGUGCGCGUGCUGCUGCGCGAGAGCAUGCAUGCAGGAAGCUUCUUCCGCCUCCUUCCCCGUCUGCCGCAUGCGGAAUUCCCGAGGAGCGCGCUGUCGCAGCAGCAGUGGGGAAGGGCUGCCGCUGCGGGUAGUAUUGGGCGCGAGAAUUUGCCGCGCUGGCGCCUCCUCACGCGGCAGGAGGGCAAAUCGGCGGAGGCGCAUGGCGGGCGUGGGCGGAGCGGAGACUGGGGGGACUGGGGCGCGGAAGGGGCGCAUUCGCUAAGGGGGUCGCUGAGGGGGAUCAUUGGCGGAGAGAGGCGCGGAUUGCGGAUAGCGCGGUGGUUGGGGUGGGGCGAGCGGGGGGAAGGGGGUGGCGCGCCUAGAGCUGGUGUGCCGAAGGCGAGGCGGGAGCGAGCGACGUUCGAGCUGCAUGGGGAGACGUGGGACGACUGGUACAGCUGGAUGCAGGACGUGAGCAGCCCCGCCAUGCGGCAGCACCUGCAGCGCGAGCGCGCGUACCUGCGCGCCAUCAUGGCGCGCACCCACGGCCCAACCCCUUCGCCUCGGGCUGCACCCGCGCGUGUGGGCGGGCGUGCGGAGGAGCAGCGCCCAGCGGAGCACCGGGAUGGGGGCAUGGCAGCGCGGCAAGCGCGGUCCAUGCGGGAGUGGCAGUGCGUGCUGGUGGCGGAGAUGGAGGCCAACAUGCCUCCGCCCACUCAUGCCCCUCCUGAGCCAUGCGGCCCAUGGCUGUACGGAGCGCGGGUGCCAGACGGCAGGGAGCUGCCUGUGCUCUUUCGCACACCGGCUGUCACAAGCUCUGCAGAGAACGCUAGUGGGGGAGGGCAGGGGGAGAGACAGGGGGAGAGACAGGGGGAGGAGCAAAGGGUGAAGCAAAGGGCGGAGCAAGGGGCGGAGCAAGGGGAGCAGGUGCUGGCCGACCUGAAUGAGCUGGCGGACCACUACGGCUACGUGCGCCUGGUGGAGUGCAAGGUCAGCCGCUGCCACGGGCUGCUCGCCCUGCUGCUCGACCUCUCCCCCUCCGAGUCCCCCACGCUCUUCCUCCUCUGCCUCCCCUCCGCGCCCACUCCCCUCCGCCCUCCCAUCCCCUCCCGCCCCCUCGCCCCGCCCCUCUCCGGCCGCCUGCUCUGCGCGCCCAUCCCUGCGGUGGCCACGGUGGAGUGGGCUGCUGACUCGCAGCACGUGCUGUACACCCAGCUGGACGACAGACUCAGGUCGCACAGGGUGAUGAGGCGGCGCGUACACAGUCCAGUGGAGGGGGAGGCACGGAUGCAGCACAGAGAGGGGGUAGAGGAGGGAGAGGAGGAGUGGACGCAGGAGGAAGGGGGGGAGGGCGAGGAGGAGGUGUUGCGGAGCGAGGAGGAGGGCGUGGUGGUGGCUGUGUCUCGCACCAAGGACUGGCGCUUCCUCACCCUCAACCUCAACACACGCAGCUCAUCGGAGGUUUAUCUAUUGGACGCCCACAGCCCCCAAGGGGCGCCUCAGCUGCUGCAGGGGCGGCAGGAGGGCGUGCAGUGGUUCGUGGAGCACCACGGGGGGUGGCUCUACGCCGUCACCAACCAGAGGGAGGGGAGGGUGGGAGAGGGUGGAGAAGGGGAGAAGGGAGGGGGAGGUGACGGGGGAGGUGAUGGGGAGGAGGGGAGGGUGGGGGAGUACCGCAUAGUGAGGGCGCCAGUGGGCUCUGCGCACUUUGCUGACAGCUGGCAGAGCCUUGUCAUCGGGGUGGAGGGGUCGGACGUGCGGCCAUCAGACGUGGUCAUAUCGGACAUAGAGGUGUUCCGCCGCUGCCUCGCCAUCCACUGCCUCAUCCACACCCUGCCGCACCUGCUGCUGCUGCCCCUGCCGCCCCCUGGGGAAAGGAGUGUCACGGGGGCCGAGAGUGUGAGAGGGGAGAGCAGCAGCAGCCAUGCCUGCCGUGAAGUGGUGACAGGCGGAGAGGAGGGCACAGGGUUGGAGGAGGGGGGAAAGGAGGAGUGGGGAGGGGAGGAGUGGAGAGGGGAGGGGGAGAGCAGGGAGGUGGAGGUGUGGGCGCGGGCAGUGCAGCUACCGGAGCGGGUGUGCCAUGUGGUGGCAGGGGGCAACCAGGACCACAAUGCCACUGACAUGCGCAUCAUGGUGUCGUCCCCUGUUAUGCCUGAAGCCGUGUGUGCGGUGCACAUGCCCUCGGGCGCCCUCUCGCUGCUGCACCAGGAGCCGUACGACCGCCAGCCCAACCCUCACCACCAACAGCAGCCACAGCAGCCACAGCAGCAGCAGAGGCAUCAGCAGCUGCAGCAUCAGCAGGAGCAGCCAAUAGAUAUCUCCCCUUCGACAUCACCUCCACACUCCCCCAGCACUCCCCUACCCCUAUCGCGCGUGCCUGGGCUGGCCUGCCAGCGCGUGUGGGCGAGAGCAGAGGACGGCACAGCCGUGCCGCUCACUCUCAUCCACCACGAGGGCAGGCGCACGGACGCCACGGGCCCCGCGCUGCUGGAGGGGUAUGGGGCGUACGGGGAGGUGAUGGCGGCGGACUGGGUGCCACACCGCCUGCCUCUGCUGCACCGCGGCUGGACCAUCGCCCUUGCACACACCAGGGGGGGCGGCGAGCUGGGCCACGCAUGGCACGAGGCAGGGCGUGGGGAGCAGAAGCGUCGGGCGGUGGGGGAUUUGAUGGCGUGCGCGAAGUACCUGGUGCGGGAGGGGUGGGCGGGGCGAGACAGGCUGGCGGCCAGAGGCAGCAGCGGGGGGGGCUUUCUGGUGGCAGCUGCUGUCAAUGCGGAUCCCAGCCUGUUUCAAGCCGUGGUGCUGGAUGUGCCAUUCCUAGACGGUCUGGCGUCCAUGUGCAACCCCGCCCUGCCGCUCACAGUGCUGGACCGCCACGAGUGGGGCGACCCCCUGGCUUCCCCUGCUGCUUUCCGCGCCCUGAGGGCGCUGUGCCCCGUGCUGAACGUGCAGCCAGGGGUGCGGUACCCUGCCGCACUGCUCUCCACCGCCCUGCACGACUCCAGGGUGGGGCCGUGGGAGCCGUUGAAGUGGGCAGCGAGGGUGCGGGAGGAGAGUGAGUAUGACGACAGCGAGAGGCCGGUGGUGGUGCGUGUGUGGGGCGACAGGGGGCACGUGGCGCCGAGCAGCGGCAGGGAGCAGCUGGAGGAUGUGGCGCUGGAGCAUGCCUUCCUGCUCAGGCAUGUCGGUGGAAGCGGCUGAGCAUGCCCUGCUCUUCCACCUCUCCUUUUUGGGCUCAGCCGAGCAAGGUUCAGAGCAAGCUGUGUGCUGCACACUCGUGCUGGCUCCGCUGGCUGAUUCCAGAACGUGACACCAAUCUUCCGCGCAUUGCAGCACUGAUGUGAAGAGGGUUGUCUUGACAAAAGCCAAGCUC